AUGGGCAACAAGCAAACAGUCUUUACUCAUGAGCAGCUGGAAGCAUAUCAGGACUGCACCUUCUUCACGAGGAAGGAAAUCAUGAGGCUCUUCUAUCGCUACCAGGACCUUGCCCCCCAGCUUGUCCCUCUCGACUAUACCAGCUACCCUCAUGUGAAGGUUCCCUACGAGCUCAUUGGCAGCAUGCCUGAGCUGAAGGACAACCCUUUCCGUCAGAGGAUCGCCCAGGUCUUCUCCGAGGAUGGGGAUGGCCACAUGACCUUGGACAACUUCUUGGACAUGUUUUCUGUGAUGAGUGAAAUGGCUCCCCGCGACCUCAAAGCCUACUACGCUUUUAAAAUUUAUGACUUUAACAACGACGACUACAUCUGCGUGUGGGACCUGGAGCAGACGGUGACCCAGCUAACACGGGGAGAGCUGAGCGCUGAGGAGGUGAGCCUGGUGUGUGAGAAGGUGCUGGAUGAGGCCGAUGGGGACCACGACGGGCGACUGUCCCUGGAAGACUUCCAGAACAUGAUCCUGCGGGCGCCGGACUUCCUCAGCACCUUCCACAUCCGCAUCUGA